AAAGAAAAAGAAGUGGUUUUAUUUUCAAAAAUAGUUUGUCCGCGAUAAUGUUUCUCAUGGAAAUAUUUGAAUUUUAUUAAUGUUAAUUUCUUUCUAGGUGAUGUGGACAGUUUCGUUUCACAAAACCCAUCAACGCAAGCUUUCCAACCACUCUGUCUCUCCUCCUCUGUCUCUCUCUCUCUCUCUGCCAUCUUAUCAACGGACGAAAGAAAAACGUUUGUGAGCAGUUUUAUUAUAUAAAUACAUUAUGACGGAUGUCAUAAAAGUGCAUAAAUAUAACUCUACCAGUCCCCCUACUACCAGUACGGCCACGGUUAAAUACAGCUUAAGACGUCCGAGCCAACAGCCAAGUAUUUCUUUAACUAAAAUUGAUAAUGCAAAGGUCUUAGAUACAGACGAUGGCUCCAGUAGCUCGGAAAUAUUUACAACGUAUUCUCCUGAUAUUUUAGAAGGUGAAACGAGUAGUACUUCAGCAGCGGAAGCAUCAACGUCAAAUAUAAGCCGCAAUGCUGCAGGUACGAUGUCGAUUAACAACCCGACUGCUUUAAUUGCUUUGCAACAAUUAGCUUCCAUAUCAUCAGCCCAAUGCAUGGAACGUUUAGUGCCUAAGAUACCCAAGGAAUUAUUGGCUCGAAGUGAGACAUUUGUCUAUGGACAACGUGGCGGCAAAAUCCCAAGACAAAGUUCCAAACGUUUAUCGCAAUUUGAGACAAAUCGUUGUCCGUUGUGUUCUCGUGUGUAUCGUUCACAACCAUUUCUCAAUGAGCAUAUGCGCAAAGAACACUCAAUAUUGAUAUAAUUCUUGGAAUGCAAACGAGAGUAAGAAGAAUUUUAAAGAAAAAUAAAAAAUAAAAAUUUAACCCUAAUGACCAAUUUUCCAUUUAAAGAAA